CUGUUCUUCAUGCAUCUGCUGCCGAAUUUUGCUGAAUGCUGGUGGGAUCAAGUUAUUUUGGACAUCCUAUUAUGUAAUGGAGGUGGCAUCUGGUUGGGCAUGGUGGUUUGCCGUUGGUUGGAGAUGAGGACUUAUCACUGGGCAAGCUUCAAGGAUAUUCACACCACCACAGGUAAAAUCAAGAGGGCUGUUUUACAGUUCACUCCAGCAAGCUGGACCUACGUUCGCUGGUUUGAUCCCAAGUCCUCCUUUCAACGAGUAACCGGGAUAUACCUUUUCAUGAUCAUAUGGCAGUUGACAGAGUUGAACACCUUUUUCUUGAAACAUAUAUUUGUUUUUCAAGCAAGUCAUCCUUUAAGCUGGUGUAGGAUUCUCUUCAUUGGAAUUAUUACAGCACCAACUGUGAGGCAGUACUACGCUUAUCUCACAGACACACAGUGCAAAAGAGUGGGAACUCAGUGCUGGGUAUUUGGAGUUAUUGGUUUCCUUGAAGCUAUUGUCUGCAUCAAAUUUGGUCAAGAUCUCUUCUCCAAAACACAAAUAUUGUAUGUUAUAUUUUGGCUUCUUUGUGUGGCAGUUACGACUUUUUUGUGUUUAUAUGGGAUGGUGUGGUAUGCGGACCAUUAUGGACGAGAAAAGACAUUGUCGGAAAGUGAAGAUAGUUUGUACAUCCCGGAUGUUUCCUGGCAUAAUCCUAAAAUCACUGGAAGUCCUGUCACUUGCUCUGAAAUGGAAGACAGUCCACCCAAACACGCAAGCAACAGUGACAGCCAUUCAUCCAGGAGGAGGAAUCGUCAUUCAAAAACAAAAGUAACGAAUGGGGUUGGCAAGAGAUAAGGAAAGAGACUGAGAAAGAAAGAGCGAGAGAGAGAGAGACUGUCAGUUUCUAGAUUUCUCCCAGAAUUGUGCCUGAGAGCAAAGAAGGAAGACUGGGCCUGGAUCUGAAUUCCCUACUUGAAGGUCAACAAGAUAUGAGGAGGAGAUUUGAAGGGAACAAACUCUUCAGUCAUCGGAGGUCUUGGACUUUGUUAAGAGGGAAUUCAUCUGUGUAUUGCAAAUCAUUAGCUGCCUGUCCCUUGCCAUGAAUUGGCUUGACUCUGCAUUUGACACUCAAGACAGUUGAAAAGGUUUCAAAGGCAAAGCAGUUGCUUGCUCUGGAGAGGCCCCGCGGUAGAGUGAAGGCCUUAUGAAGAUCUUGGUUUAGUUGAGAAGUAUGAUCCAAAGUUAACUGUCAGCCAGUUGGUUUAUAUGCCCGUGGCUGUGUGUUUUUACUUUCGUUUUGCAUUUUUGCAUUCUUCAGCAUAACUCUUUGAUUGCUAUACUGCCUUUGCUUUUUUUGGUAACUAAGCCCUUCUGUGCUUAUAUUCAGUUUUAGGAAGCAGCACUUCCAUUUUUGAGUCUGAGAUGGCUGACUGUUACAAAGCGUAUUCCAAAUUUUGGUAGUGUUUUUAAAAUAAUAUUUAAUUCUGUUGAAUGCUUUGAAUUCACAAUCUUAUUAUGUAUGGAUUGUGUCCAUACAGUACUUAUUAACAUAGCAACAGAUAUUUACCUAAGCGUAUCGCCCUUUGUUUUCUGGCGGCUACAGUAUUUUACAUAAGACAGUUCCUUCUUUGAAGUAUAUCAUGUAGGCCUUGUGACCAAUAAUAGUAAAAUUUGACCUUAGAUUCAAAGCCAAAUACAUGCUGACACUUUUACAACAAUCUCCUUGGCCUGAUAAAGUGCUUGUUCCAGGAAAGCACCAUUCAGCAUUGCUAUUUAAACAAAAAAGAAAAAAAAGAAAACAAGGAACACUAUAUACAAACUCACACAGUCUUCCUGGAUUUCCCCCCUUUUUUUGUUUCUUAUGAAAUAAUCAUAGAAUAAACCUUUAAUGUCGAUUCUUAGACUUUCCCUGAAAAGGACAUGAAGUAUUAAAUGUUAAGAUGUCAGAAGUGAAAAUUGCAUUUUCUUUGCCUUGGCUUCCUUUUUGUGUCCCAAGUGGACUGUGAGUCACAUUAUGCCAAGAGUCUUGUCCAAGGUGAUCAAUUAAACGAGAACCCACACCCUUGCCAUUGUUUGGGAGGUAUUACUAGCUUUGAGAGUGCCACACCCAAGGUCUGAUCUGUUGUAAAGGCUUCAGCAUACAAAUCAAAGGACUGUACAUAGAAAAAAAGGCCACCACAAUCUGCACCACUCACGUGCUACGCAAGAUCUGCUUUUUUGAAUAGUUACGCUGCAGCUGCUAAGCUGUGGAAAGCCCUUCCCCCCCCCACUCAUAAAUGUGUGACCCUUGCAUUAAAAAUUGCUAUAACCUA